AAACUGUAAUUAGGAUGAAAUCAAGGACUGUAUACGGACGCGGGAUAUGCAAUGGAUUGUUUUCUCGGACGCGGUUUUGGUCGACCUUUUAAUGAAGACCCGCAGCAUCCUCUUUCUCCCUCUCUCUUCCUGGGACUUUCUCAGCUACUCUCUGUUCUUCUUGUCUUCUUCUUUUCUUCCUGGGGUUUUCUCUGUUAGGGUUUUUGAAAUCUGAUUCUCACGGAAGAAUUUGAGUUGGUGUUUCUCAGUCAGAUAUCUUUCUUUCGGAAAGGCGGGUUUUAAAGAAAUGGAGUUUUCGGCUCUGCCCUUGGGAUUCAGAUUCCGUCCGACGGACGAAGAGCUCAUUAACCACUACUUGAAGGGCAAAAUCAAUGGACGCAGAUCUUUCGAGGAUGUGAUGAGGGAAAUCGACGUGUGCAAGUGCGAGCCAUGGGAUUUACCAAGUAAAUCGGUGAUUAUAUCUGAUGAUCCGGAGUGGUUUUUCUUUUCCCCCCGCGAUCGUAAGUAUCCUAAUGGGCACCGGUCAAACCGGGCCACCGAAGCUGGGUAUUGGAAAGCAACGGGUAAGGAUCGGACAAUCAAGUCGGGGUUGAAACGGAUCGGGAUGAAGAAGACUCUGGUUUUCUAUAGAGGGCGUGCUCCGAAUGGUGAGAGGACUAAUUAUAUAAUGCACGAGUACCGCGUAACUGGAAAUGAGGGGGAUGUGGGGCAGGGUGCUUUUGUUAUUUGCCGUCUAUUCAGAAAGCCCGAGGAGAAUGGAACAUCUAACUUCGAUGAGGUGGACCCGAGUGGCUACUCUCCUACCACGACCAAGUCCUCUCCUGAUGACACACAGCAUGCAGGAGAUUCUGUGGAGCAGUCUGCGACCCCAUCAAACCAAGGAUUACCUGAAUCGGAUAUGCGAGAGGACCCACAACCAUCGGUUGAAACAGUUGAAGAAACUGUGAAUAUUAAGAGGUGGUUAGCGGACAAAGCAGACAAUGGAACAGCUUUUCCUCCAGCAUCAGAAGGGAGCCAGUGCAAUAGCACUUUGGCUUCUGAUGUAGGUGAUCGUGAGGAGGUGGAAGCACUGCUGGAAAAUUUCUACGUGCCAACAUUUGAGCCGCUCUAUCCUUCAUAUAUCAAUCCACAGAUGCACAUUGGCCUAGGGCCUUAUGUGGACCCUCCAUACUAUGACGUAUAUGGAAAUGGACCACCAGCUGGGCUGUUUCAGGAUAACACAGCUGAGCAGGAUGCUUCAUCUGUCGACUUGGUCUCAGAGUUAUUUGAUAAAGUGAUCAAUGAUAAUCAUGGUGAACAUUCCUCUGAAGGGCAAACCAGUGCUGGAUUUGGAAUCAACCCCAGUGGUGUUUUCCAGGCUCAAGGUCCGAUGUUACAGUGCCAGGCUUAUGGUGCUACACAGAGUGUCGAACCAUGGGAACUCUCAAGCAUGGUUAGUGCAUCCAGUAGUGAAGCAGAUGCUGAAUUAUCAAGAUCUCCUGUGGAUCCAAAGCCAGUACCCUCUGUGUUUCCCUCUGAGCCAGAGUUUCAACAUGUGGAUUCUAUGGAUACAGCAUUUGCGCAUGCUGGGCCUCCACUUGAUGGUUCAUAUGGAAAGCAAAAUAUGGGUGUGAUCCGUGAUGACCAUCUUGGGCCAGACAUUUACUCGCUCAAUUCCACCACCGGGUCCUUGCAUGACAUGUUCAAUAAUCGCGAGGAAUUGACCAGUCAGAAUAGUUUGACUGACAGUAUUGAUGGCCGUGAUGGGACCGGAAUCAAGAUAAGGGCCCGCCAGCCGCUGCAAAGUUCUCAAACACUUACGUUGAGGCAGGGCUUUGCCCCAAGGAGGAUUCUUCUACAAAUUUCUCAUACUACCGGCAAGGGCAGUGAGUUGAGCAGGGACAAAGAAUGCCAUGAGCCACAAAUGGCUUGUACUACCAGCAAGGAUAGUGAGUUGAACAGAGACAAAGAAUGCCGUGAAGCUGAAACAGUAAUAUCUAAGGCUGAAGGAAAUGUGGAAGAUACCAACGGAAAAGGAGCGCAGUCUGAAGGAAAUGUGGAAGAUACCGAUGGAGUUGCACAGGCUGAAGGAAAUGUGGAAGAUACUAAGGGACAAGGAAUGGAAGCAUCAAAACCCAUUCAAGACACUAACCCUGAGGAUUCCUCUAAUCAUGAUGGGACACACACAUCUGUGAAGCCCCAAAUGCCCACCUGUUCAUCAGGCCUGCACCUUGCCAACAAUUCCCAUCACAAAGAAGCAUGCCUUCCCAAUUCUGGCAAUGAAGGGCGUUGUAUGAUCCUACAGUCAAGUUCAGGUCCAAGGUUGAGAGUGAAGCCGGAUGAUAAAACAGGCAGCAGCAACCAGCAUGGCCCAUCCGUCCUAUUUGGGGACCAGCAUGCAGCAUCUAACACCCGUUCCCCGUAUAUCUCUAUAGUCUAUGCAGGUCUAUUUAUAAUCCUUGCCAUACUGUUUGUAGGUGUAUGGAGGUGCCUUACAUCAUGAUCUAGGUAUAUUAUAUUUGUAUAGAGAACAAAUGCAAUGGUUUUUUUUUUUAAUUUUAUUUUUUUAUUUUCAUUUGUAGGGAUAAUAAACUAUAUAUGUAUGCAUGUAUAUGUAUGAUGAUUGUAGAUGGGAACCUGUAGUGGGAUCUUUUUUGACUGUUGUUUUAUAGAGAAUCCUAUGUAACCAUUGCAUGGAAGGUAGCUUCCUUGAUGUAUUAAUCUAGCACGUAAAUUCUUGUAAA